AUGGACAGUAACCAAGACAAAAACGUGUUCUCGGAACUAACCGACGACAUCGUUUUGAACAUCUUCUACAACCUCGAAGACGAUCCUCGCCACUGGGCUCGCUUGGCCUGCGUCUGCACCAAAUUCUCUUCCCUCGUCACCGAUUUCUGUUGGAAGACCAAAUGCUCCCGCACCAUCCCCACCGACCUCCUCUCCGCCUCCGACCACCCUCCGCUCUCCCUCCACAAACUCACCGUCUGCUGCCCCGGCCUCCGCCAUGCCGGCCUCCUCUUCGACACCUCCGACUUCGGCCUCGAACGCGACCUCGGCCUUGACCUUGCUAAUCACUCUUCCCUCUCCUAUCCUACACCACCGCCACCACAACCACAACCACAACCGCAACCACAACCUCAAUCUCAACAAACAAUAUCCGAAUCGAAUUCCUCUUCUUCUUCUUCGUGUUGGUCGCUUUUUGAUGACCUCUACUACGACACGCUCUACGUGCCGACGGAAUCGGAGACGCCGCGGCUGGCGGAGCCGGUGAGCGCGGGCGUGGUUUCGAUUGGCGCGUGCAAGAGGCGGAAGGUGUCCCGCGCGUGGCGGUCGCACCUGGCGUCGGGGAGCUGGAGCCUGAGUCGGGAGCAGGGGAGUAAGCUGUUAGGGAGGCAGUUCCGCGACGAUAUCCUGUACGUGUGCGACUGGCCGGGGUGCGUGCACAAGGAGGAGAAGAGGAAGUACCGGCUCUUCAGAGGCGUUUUCAAGAACUUCAAACGUACUAGGGUUUGGAGAACCAUUCACGACGGCAACAAAAAGAAGCUGGAUCUGCCCUGCGCCUUCUGCGCCUGCAAAUUCACCUGGGAUCUCCACUCGGCCUUCUGCCUCCGCCGCGUAUUCGGCUUCCACGACGACGGAGAGCCUGUGAUUCCAAAUCUUUGCUUGCCAAAUUCCUCAGGAAGUAUUCUUCUCUUGGCAGAUUUCUUUUUCUUUCUCUUCACCAUUGCUCAAGUUUCUUCUUUCUCCAUUCGCAUUAACCAUUUUUGUUUGUGUUUUGAUCUCAAGUUUUAA